UCUUUGGAAGCAUGAUGCCACGAUGCUGCAUCUUGGUUCUUGUCUGGGGGAUAACAGUCUUCCUCUCCCAGUGUUCACAAGGAACUACAGAUGCUCCUGUUGACUCAGGACCAUGGCUGUGCCAGCCGGCGCCCAGGUGUGGGAACAAGAUCUACAACCCUUCGGAGCAGUGCUGUUACGAUGAUGCCAUCUUGUCCUUAAAGCAGACCCGUCGCUGUGGCUCCAACUGCACCUUCUGGCCCUGCUUUGAGCUCUGCUGUCCCGAGUCCUUUGGCCCCCAGCAGAAGUUUCUUGUGAAGCUGAAGGUUCUGGGUACGAAGUCUCAGUGUCACUCAUCUCCCAUCUCCCGGAGCUGUAUCGGGUAA